AUUUUUUCUGUGCAACUAUAGUUUAUGGACUUGGCAGAUCUCGAAUACCCCGCGCGGAUCAGGAGAAUCCAAGAGGUUAUAUAAAGGGGUAAUUGACCUGUAAAGCAUCUCCAGCUCUAUCAUGGAAUACCAAGUCAUAUAUAUUGGAUGUAUCGUAUUUCAAUCAUAAAGUACAUCAAUCAUGCGGCAACUCAGUCAAGCAUCUUUCCUAGUCUUACUCAGUGGGACUGGAACUGGAACUAUCUUCAAUGUGUUUGCGACUCCAACCAAAACAUCACUUGACGCUGUAUUCACUACAGCUUUUACAUGGCCUACAUAUCCCGAUUUACAGUACGCCACAGCUCUGCCAAGGCCGUCAGAAACAGUGAUAUACGCGAGACCUUACUCAGAACUUGAAUCACUCGCUGGACCUCAGAAGACAACAGCUUGGGCGAGCAUAGCUAGCCCAGUUGACUCAGAUGACGAAUUUGGCAAUGUCGCUUGGUCAUCUCUAUGGGCCUCUUUCACCGUUGACUCUCCUCCUUUUACGACAACGGUUACGCCAACGCCAAUCCCGAGCUCUCAGCUCGUAAAACCGACGCCCCUACCCUUCUCCAUUGGAAAGGGCGAGACCGAUGAUCUCAAGUUUCCAAGGGACUUCGAAUGGGGCUUUGCUGGCGCCGCGAUGCAAGUUGAAGGGGCGCUCAAAACUCAGGGGAGAGGCCCGUCGAUCACGGAAGUCAUAAUCGGCCGUAGCCCACCAGGAAUUGUUGGUGCUGGCCCGCCAGACAUAUCCGUGUUGAACUACUUUCUAUACAAGGAAGACAUUGCAAGGCUGGCAGCACUAGGAGUCAAGUCGUAUAGCUUUAGUAUCGCCUGGCCAAGGAUUCUCCCGUUUGGAUAUCCUGGUUCGCCAGUCAAUCAAGAAGCCAUCGACCACUACGAUGACCUUAUUAAUACGAUUCUGGAGUACGACAUGGAGCCUAUUGUCACUCUACAUCACUUCGAUACACCGUUACAUUACUUGGAUAACUCUUCUUGGCAGGGAUACGCGCACCCCGAGUUUGUCGAUGGAUUUGUUAACUAUGCCAAGAUUGUGUUGACACACUAUGCUGAUCGGGUUGGUACUUGGAUAACAUUCAACGAGCCAAAUUUGGACGCCGCCCUACUUGGGAAUUGGAAUGCGAGUUACCAUGUUGUGAUGGCUCAUGCCAGGACAGUCCACUUCUAUCGAGACGAGAUUAAAGGGGGUGGGAAAUGGGGCAUUAAGCUAGCUUUAAGUUCUGGCUUCCCCCUUCCGCUGGAUCCCAAGAGUUCUGAUGAUAUUGCUCUUACCGAGAGGCAGCUCGACUUUUUAAUUGGAUAUAUGGCGAAUCCAAUAUACUUGGGAGCACAAACUCCUUCUAGCGUCAUCGAAACGUUGAAGUCAGAAGCGCCUAGUUAUACCGAAGAGGAAUUACAAUAUGUGAAUGGCACAGCAGACUUCUUCGGCGUGGAUAUAUAUACCGCGAAUUACGUGACUUCCCUAGCUGAGGGAACAGAGGCGUGUAUUGGAAAUAGCUCUCAUCCCAGCUUUCCUACCUGUACGAAUAUCACGGCGGUGCGAGAAAACUGGCGCAUAGGGGCUGAGAGCAACGCGUCUCCCUCGACAUGGUAUCAGCACGCUCGUACUAUAUUCAAGUAUCUACAUACCAAAUAUCCUACCGCGGGGGGCAUCAUUAUCGCUGAAUUCGGAUGGUCCACCUUUCACGAAGCCGAUAUGAACCAAGACCAAGCGCGAACAGAAUUCACGUCGACACUUGCCUUUCUAUCCGUUUUAAAUGAGAUCCUCAAGGCGAUAUAUGAGGACGGAGUGAAGUUUAAAGGCGCGCUCGGAUGGGCUUAUGUUGAUAAUUGGGAAUGGGGCCAGUAUAAUGAUCACUUUGGCGUCCAAACGUUCAACAACGUAACACUAGAGCGUAGCUACAAACGCUCUAUAUUUGAUUUCGUCGACUUUAUCACAGGACAUAGCGAGUCUUGACUCAGAGAAGGGCUAAGUUAAAUUCUCAGCAUAAGUGUUGUCUGUCUUACGUCCUAGGUUCUACUUU